UGGCUUAUUUCUCAAUAGAGCGCACCAAAACAAACUGAAAAGAUGGGGAGAAAGAAGAAUAAAGGAUCCUCAACAGGGUACACCAGUGUGCCUCACAAGGAGGCCUUCCAGAGAAUGAACUACCUCUUCCAAGCUGCUCUGGCUGCUCUGUGCUCUACUCCGAGUGAGACUGGUCUCUCCCGAUUCUAUGUACGCACUAUGAAGAGAAUCAGCAAAAGACUUGUACUCAGAAUGGACCCGAGUAUAAAGAGAGUGCUCUGCAAGUCAUGUGACUCCCUGCUUGUUGCCGGGGUAACCUGUACUAAUCGACUGAAAUCUGCUAGGGACAAGCAUAUCGUUGUGAAGUGUUUGACGUGCGGUACCCUCAAGAGAUUUCUCACCGACAAUGACUAUGUACUCUGGUCUGAAAUACCCGAGAAUGUUGCAGUUCUGGGAAAGGCUCCAAUUGUACCAGUUACAGACAAACCUGAAUCCCAGCAAGUUUCUCAGCAACAAACGACUUCAUAGUUGAAAUUCUGACCUCCAAACUGAGCCCAGUGUGUGACUGGUGAAAACCCUACAAGAGAUGCAAUGGAAUUCUUAGCUGCAAGCAACACAUUGUGAUGACACUUAUAUUGACUUCCUAUAUAAAAUUGUUUUAAAAGAUUAUUAAAUUCUUAAUGAA